UGCUCAGCGGACUGCGGCAGCGGGAAUUGGUCUCUCUUUCUGGAUAAACUCAGCAUGAAGUCUCCGAAGACGCAGCCUCAGGCCAGGCUCGUGCACGAGGAGGACCUGGACGACGUGCUGUGCGAGUUCGACGCGGUGAUCGAGGACUUCACGUCCCCGGUGGAGAAGAGGCACUUCCGGUACGACGAGCACCUGAAGACGGUGAAGAGGCGGAGCAGCGCGAGCGUGAGCGACAGCGGCAUCAGCGACUCCGACAGCGCCGAGUCGCUCAACAGAAACAGCUUCAGCUUCAGCGACGAGCGGCUCAACUCGCCCACCGUGCUGUCCCCGACCGCCGCCUCGCCACCGCCGCCACCGCCACUGCUCUCGCCCAAACCCAAACUGGGCGACACCAAAGACCUGGAGGACUUCAUCGCCGACCUGGACAGGACAUUAGAGAGCAUGUGACUCGGAGGCUCACGGUCAUCCGGAGGCGGCCAUGAUGGCCGGACGGGGGAGGGACGGACGGAGCUCCCGUAACCCCCCCACACCACCCAGCAGGAUGCAGCUGGACUCAAACGCCGGCCAAGUUCCUCCAAACGUAACGUGGAUCCAGACUUCACAAGAACCGAGAAACUCUCCAGACAGACGGAGAGUCUGUCUGUUCCUGCAGCUUCUGGACGAAACUUCAGCUCCAAACACUAGACAGAAUGCUUCAGAUUCCCGUCAUCGGACUUCUGUUGAGAUGAACUAAGAAAACAAGACUACCUUUGUCUACUUGUACUUUAAAAGUUACAGAUUUAACCUGCAGUUUUGCAGCCCAGAGAAGGCCAACAGCUUCAAGCUCAGAGGUUUUUUUAUGGAAAAAAGUAAACCGUUCCUGAUCGGCGUCACUCGCUGCCUUGAGGAAACAAGUUUCUCUGUUCUUGUGGAGAAGGAAUCCCCGUUCAGCCCGACUGAGCUCCGCACGGCUGCUGGGCCGGUACGGGAAGCCAGGAGGCUCAAAACCAGACGCCCCGGCAGCCGCGACAAGAGUCACUGGAACAUUCUCCGUCUGGAAGAUUAUUUAAAGAAAACUGCUUUUAUAAUAGAAAGAUAUUUGUAAUUUUAUAGAGCUUCUUAUUGUAAAUUUGAUCACAUUUUUCUGUGAAAUAUAUUUUUGUAUCAUAUGUAAAUAUUCUGUUUGGACUGGACAGAUUCCGAUUUGUUGACGGGAAUUAAAGAGGUUUUAUGUCAACUUAAUCCAAUAAAAACUGGAAAAGCAAUAUGAGUGUAUUUAAUACAGCCGAUGCCUGCCAGAGAUACUAUUAAAGUAUGGAAGAUUGUUGUUUUA